UUGAAUUUCACUUCCUGUUACUCAGGUAUCGGGACACACCUGAACAACAGCAGAGAACGUCAUUUUUUUCUAAGAAGCUCCGGAUUAAACUCCGGAUUAAACUCCUGAUUACCGCUGGUGUUUGGGGGAGUCUCGGAGAGGAGCGGCUGUGGACGGAGGAAGACUUUGAUGUGGACAGUAGACAAGAUAACGAGGAGCUCAUCUUCACCUCGCUAAAAACACGCAGGUUUCGCCUCAGGGCCACACAGAGGAAACUCCAGCCCGCAGUGAGACAGAGAGACAGAGAGACAGUAAUACAGAGAGACAUGGCUCUCCACCGGCUGUGUCUUCUGGCCGUCGUCCUGUCGGUUCUUCUGCUGGAUGUCUCCGAGGCGCAGGAGAAUCCUCAGCAGUGCAUGUCUAAGUUCACUCAGGGGAAGGACGACUUUGUGCUGGAUACGGACGAGUCUGUGAAGGAGGGAGCCACGUUCCUCUCCUCCCCGCAGGUUAGCACGGUGUCGGAGUGCGUGAGCGCCUGCUGCUCGGACCCCAACUGCAACCUGGCCCUGAUUGAGAGCACCAGCGAGGAGAGCACCAUCCACGCCUGCUUCACCUUCAACUGCCUCUACAAGCAGAAGCAGGUGUGCAGAUUCGUCAGAAAGACGGGCUUCAAAAACUACCUCCUCAACUCAGGAGUGUUCAGGAGUUACCUUCAGGAUAUUCCCUCGACUCAGGAAGAUAAGCCUCCGAAAGCUAAAGCAGGGCAGGACCGAGUGAUCCAGCCUAACGAAGUCGUGACGCUCAACGGCAUCGAAAGCAAAGACGACCAUAAGAUUGUGGACUUCAAGUGGACUCUGGUGUCUGGAAACCCCUCUGCUGUCAUUGAGAAAUCUCAUUUUCCGGAUCAAGUGACCGUGUCUAAACUGACCGCUGGGGUUUAUAAGUUCAGGCUGACUGUAACGGAUAACAUAGGGCAGUCGGACUCUACAGAGAUCACCGUCCUGGUCCUUACACCGGAACAGACGCACCAUCAUUGUCUGGUGCCGAAGAAGGCGGGGCCGUGUCGGGGGUCCUUCCCUCGCUGGCACUAUAACGCAGCGUCAGAGAAGUGUGAGGAGUUCACCUUCGGCGGCUGCAAAGAAAACCGUAACAACUACCUGUCCCGAGAGGAGUGCCUGAAUGCCUGCGAUAAAGUCUCAGUUUUGAAUAAUUCUACAUUAGGAAGACAUGGACCGAUUGAUCUUCCAAGUGAGCAGUGUGGAGUUCCCUGUGGAGCAGAGACCUUCGUCUGUGCUAACGGAUGCUGCAUAGAUAAGGAGCUUGAGUGUGAUCAGACCAAGCAGUGCAGUGAUGGAUCUGAUGAGGAGCAGUGUGACAAAUUGGGAUCGAAGUUUCGCAGAUUGCUUGACAUACCUGUGGAUGUGGAUAAAGCUCGUUGCACACAGCCUCCAGUUACAGGACCUUGCCGGGCGAGCUUUACUAAGUGGUACUACAAUCCGUACGAUAGAAAAUGCAACCGCUUCAACUACGGGGGCUGCCAGGGCAACGAUAAUCAGUUUGAAACACAGGACCACUGCUCGAAGGUCUGCACUGGUGUGACCGAAAGUGACGUCUUUCUCAGAUCGGCAGCUUUUGAGAAGCAGACAGGAGAAAACAAUACAGCCGCCAUUGGCAUAGCUGUGGCGCUGGGCCUGGCCAUCCUGGUCUUGGUGGCUGUGAUUGGCUACUGCUUGCUGAAGGGCAAGAAGAAGCCAAAGCACCAGCGCGUCGCCGUCAACGGUGCCCACUCCUUCCCGAUAGAGGACACGGAGAAACUGGUCUACAACAGCACCACAAAACCCAUCUGAUCCACCUCCCAUACCUCACCUCCAUGUUCACCACUCUGCACCAGUGCUGCCCAUUCCCAACGCUGGGAACUCACUGUUUUCCAUGAGCUAAUUAAGCUUAGAUCUUUAGUAGUCGUCAUAUUAGACCACUGUAAAAUCAUGAAACCAUUCACAACCAGUGAGCCACCAAAACUGGGACUGACCCAGUGCUCUGCACACAUCCCAGAACCUCCUGGAAACUUGGGAAUGCUUUUAAACGAUUUAGUGUGAACUUCUUCUUUUUUUUCAUUUGUUUUUGUAGUUUUUAAAAUUGUAUUUGUUUUAUUAUUUGUCUCUUGGAUCGAAUACUUUCUUUAAAAAAAAGAAAAGGAGAAAAAUGAAGGGUGUUGAAGAGUUCUUGGAGUAAAACCAUAGAACAGGGUUCUUUAGUUUAGUUUAAACAUGCCCACUAAUUCUAGUAGUUCUAGCAGAUGUUUGAGGAGCGAAAUCGCCAAAUUCAGCAGGGAUCUAAAAAGGUUUGGAAUAGAAUUGAAGAACCCUAGUGUAGAAGAACCAUUUUUGGCUCCUAAACAUACCGUAUUUUUCGUACUAUAAGGUGCACCGGAUUGUAAAGAACACCAUCAAUAAACGUCUACUUUUCUGGUCUCUUUUCAUACAUAAAGUGCAUUACGAGACACUAGUAAGGAACAGGGGUGUCGCCAUGUUUUCCUUCCUAAUUUAGCAGGUCUCACCAGUGGGUGGCAAGAUCUGUAAAGCUAAGCUAAAUUAAGUAAACAAAACUGUAAUUUUCUUUUAAAGUGCUGAAUGUUGAUCUAAACAGAUUUCUCUCCUGAAAACUGUUUAUUUGGGUGAGUAAAGCACUUCUGUUUAUUUAUAGUAAGCUUAUAUUUCCAGAUUUCCACUAAGGCUGGGUGCAGUAGCAUUAGCAUUAGCGGCUAACUGCUAGCACUAGCCACCCGACAGUGCUACACUGAGGUUCUGGUAAGCCAGGGCGGUAUUAGCUAGCUGUUUGUCCCACGUAGCUUGUUUAAACAUGAUAAAUGUCCAAUAUACUCACCUCUGAACAGCAGUGAAAGAGCUAGCGCUUAGCACGGUUAGCGGCUAAUGCUAAUGCUGCUCCAGUCUCGGUGCCGGAGAAACUUUACUAAAACUGCUGUAUAACUCUGUACUUCAGUGGAGUGUCUUUACUGCUCCUUAAUACCUGACUGAUAGAAUUCAUACAUAAGGAGCACCGGAUUAUAAGGAGCACUGACGAUUUGUGGGAAAAUUAAAGGAUUUUAGGAUUUUAAGCGCACCUUAUAGUGUGAAAAAUACGUUAUUGUUUUGUUUUUUUUUUGACUGUGAAAAAAGUCUUGCCUUUUGUGUGGAGCCUAAAGUGGUACUUCUUUAGCAACACAGAGGGAAUUCCUUUAGAAACAUUUAUUUUUAAAUAGUGUUUUGUGUUUAUUCUGUACAGGUAACCUGUCUAUGCUCUGCACUCAUGCACUGAUCUGUAGAAACUGUUCCCAAAACUGACAUAUCUUUACAAAACUGACCAUAAUUCUAUUUACUCUAUUGAAAUAUUUAGAUUAGAAACUGAAAACUUGUGUAAUUUGUAUUUUUUUUUAUUUUUUUUUUAAAUAUGUUCAUUGGUCACUUUCACAGGCAGGGCUUGAGGUGAGUCAUAGACUAUACAUACUUUUCAUUAGGAAGUCUUCAUUUAAAGGAGAACUCUGGUGUAAAAUUGACUUUUAGUGUAGUAAAUCAGCAUAAAGAUUAAGAGGACUAACCUUUUUUGAAUAGCCCACCUCUGCUCUCUUGCAGCGUUCUGAGAUUUAGUCAUUUUUUGCUUUUUGCUUAUUUUUUUACACCGUUUUACACCGUUAUUCAGACUCUGAGUAGCUCCACACCUUAUUGUUAGAAUCCUGAAAUGUCUAACAUUUAAAACGAAGCAUUAAUAACUUUAAAAGUGCAAAAAAGCUUAUUAAAAACUACUUUUUAUAACCCGUAGUGUAACCUAAUCUCUGGGUGGAGAUUUACCUACGCUAUGGUUUAUAAAACUGUUUUUAAUAAGCUUCUUGUGCAGUUUUAAAGUUAUUAAUGCCUCGUUUUAAAUGUCAGAGCUCUCGGGAUUCUACCAAUGAAGUGUGAAACUACUCUGAGCCUGAAUAACGGUGUGAAAAAGAGAUUUAUCUGCCCCAUAUCCUCUAUUGUAAAAGCCUGUUUGGACAAAUUGCACAAAUUACUGGAUCUCAGAAAGCUGCAGGAGAGCGGAGGUGGGCUAUUCAACAAAUUUAAAAGUACUUUUAUCAUGUUUUGCUACAGCAAAAGUACAUUUUACACCAGGGUUCUCCUUUAAAUUACUUUUUAGAAACUUUUUCUUGUUAUUUUUUGUUGUACAUGCUAAAUAUUAAAGAUGGUCUGUUUUUUAGAGAAUGGGACUGAGCAUCAGUUGCAGUCUAUAUUAACCAAGUUUGGUAGCCAUUUGUAUGAAACUGAAACUUGUGUCUUUUUUUAUGUUUUGCUGUUUUAUUUUUAUUUUUUUAUUUUUUAAUAUGUACCACAUAUAUGUUUUAUUAUUUUAUCAGGUUGUUAUUCAGCAACUCUGUGCUCAGGGUUAAACAGUUUUUAGUGAUGUAUAAGAUCAGUUCUGAUUGGUCAUGGGAGUCUGUUUGUCGGGUACAGACUAAGACUGUUCAUGAAUGUAACGUAACGUAAUCGUUGAUGAUAAAAGAAUAAAUGGAUCAAUAAAUGAUUGAAUUAGUCGAUUGGAUUUGGCUUUGCCUGGACCUGACAAGCUGUUCCUCAGUGUUGUGGGGAGAAGGCUGAAUUUAAAGGAGAAAGUUGGUGUAAAAGUGGCUUUUAGUGUAGAAAAACAUGAUAAAAAGUACUUACUUUUGUUGAAUAGCUCACCUCCGCUCUUCUGCAGCUUUCCAAGAUUUCCAAGGUUUUUAAUAAGCUUUUUGUGCACUUUUAAAGUUAUUAUUGCCUCGUUUUAAAUGUCAGGGCUCUUUAAAAAUCUCCCAAUGAGGUGUGGAGCUACUUUGAGCUGGAUAACAGUGUAAAAAGCAAUUUAUCUGCAGGGGCAAAAAUAUGCCCCAUAUCACUCAGUCUAAAGGCUGUUUAGACAAACAGAAUUAAAUUACUGUAUCUCAGAAAGCUGCUAAAGAGGGGAGAUGAGCUAUUCAACAAAGUUUAAUACUCUUAAUCCUGCUUUACUACACCAUACAUCAAUUUCACACCAGAGUUCUCCUUUAAACAAUUUUUUUUUCUUCAAAUUUUUAAAAACCGGUACAUUUGUACAUAUACACCAUCUUUUCUGUAGUUUUAACUAAAUGCAUGAAAUGUGAUUUGAUAAAUGCUGAUUGACAAUUACUUCUGUGAACUACACUGUGCACUCAAGACUAAACGAAAUCGGCGUGAAAUAACUUCUUCCACACUCCUGUUUGUACAUAGAUUUAUAUAUGUGUUUCUCAGAUGUUUCUGAAGUCUGUUUUGUUUUUAACGCUCCAAUAAAAAUAUAGACUAGA